GUUUGUUUGUCAAAAACUUUGACGUUUACAAUUUGCGUGUGUCAGUGUACCAGUAAAUUUUUCAGUUAUGAUGCUUUUUUUCCUAAAAUUUAAGGAGUUUUCUUGUGAAUUCAUCUAGAAAAUACGCAUAACUUUCAUUUAAAUACACUAACCUAGAUUUUAAGUAAAAAAUGCCAGCUCCUCCUCCUCCCCCGCCUCCAAUGGCUCCGGCCGCUCCCCCACCGCCAUCUUUCAACAUCAAACCAUCGAAAAGCAGCGGAACCGAACGGAACGCUCUCCUCAAGGACAUCCGAUCAGGAGCCAGAUUGAAAAAGGCCGUAACGAAUGACAGAAGUGCACCAAUUGUUGGAGGUACCUCGAAACCAUCCAACGGCGGGGGCAUAGCAAAUCUACCAGUGAUACCUAUCGGAAGUCUAAAAAAUGGCGGUUCAGUCAGCCCGCGAAACGGCAGUAGUCCCGGCACUCCUAUGGGCAACAUGAAGAAUUUCAGCAGCAUACAACAAGAACUCAGCAGGAAGAUGGCGUUUACGAAUAACGGUCAAAAUCAAGUGCAAAAUCAAACGACGACGGUGGAGAAUCGAAAUGAACCCAAAAAUUUUGGAAACAUCCAAAUGGAACUGAAGAAGCAACUGGCGAACGAUAACAGAAACAGGGGCCCGCCUCCACCCACGCCUACGAGAACUGUUCAACCUGACAUCGGUAAUCGAACCACGUUUUUACAUAGAGAAAACAAUAUCACGAACGGUUUCCACAUGAGUCAAUUGUCGCUAAACACGAGUUCCUCGAAUCCUCCAAUAAAUCAGAGCACGCUGCACAGGAAGGCGAAGAGCAACGCAAAUUUAAGUAUGUUAGACUCCAUCGAUAGCAGCAACGGAGUACCCAAUAGACCUAACAAACCUGUGAUCAACCAUGGCAAACCGAAUUUGGCGCCCAAACCACCAGUUUUAAAUGGAAAACCGAACACGCUCCAUCUAAAAACCAGCAAACCGGUGACGCGGACGCACAGUCUAAAGAGUCCGCGUUUACCAUCGCCGGGCAGUCCGGAAGUCAAUCCAAUGAACAAAUUCGGCACAGUCAGGCACAUGUCUUCCGUACUCAGUCAGGCCCUCGGUGGAAAUUCGACGGCGCCCAAUGGAAGGGCGAGACCCGCGAUUAGUACACGGCCGACAGCGCCACCGCCAUCGAUACCAGUACCGGCCACGCCCAACCAACAAUCAUUGUCUUCUAGUCAUACGCCGCCUCCUCCAAAGUUGAGCAAACCGAACCACGCCCCGCCACCUCCGCCGCCUAGUCAUGCUCCGCCUCCACCGCCACACAAUAAAACGCCGCAGAUGAACAAACCCGCUCAGACGGGCUCGAACCCACCCUCGCCGCCCCCGCGGCACUCAUCGAUGCGAGAGACCAACUUGGUGAAAAGACCGAGCAGCAUAGACGAAAAGUUCAAGCAUCUGUUUCAAACGCCCGACCGAUUCCCCCCGCCUCCGCAAUAUAAGAACGUCAUCAAACUGUAUAAUUCCGUUUCUGUCAAACCAGCACCCGUUAAACCUGUUUACGUCGCUUAAGUUUAAUUUUAAUUUACCAAAAAUUGUUUUGAUAUUUGUUAUUAUUAAUAAAUUAAUAGAUUUAAAAUUUAAUAUUUGUGAUUUUUUUUUUUUUUUUUUUU